CGUAGUCAAGUAAAACCUACUGGACCGGUUUUAUCCACCCACCCAGUCCCUAUAUAAACGCGUCCCUGACUGCUCUGUUUCUGUCAGUACUGACCCUGCAGCCGUCAGGAUCUGUGUCGUCGUACUUUGGGGCAUCAGUGAAUCUUGGUUUGAUCAAUAUGGCGACAGUUGAAUCACGUCUGAAACAAGAGGACGGAGAGAGCAGACGUGGAAAGCAGAAUUCUUCCAGUGUCCACAAGUGCAGCGAGUGUGGCAAGGAGUUUCCUAAACGGACUGAUCUGAGACGACACAUGCGGACGCACACAGGCGAGAAACCUUAUCGAUGUGAGGAAUGUAAGAAAGGCUUUAGUCUGCUGAGUAGUCUGAAGAGACACAUGCGGAUUCACACUGGUGAGAAACCGUAUCAAUGUGAGGAAUGUAGCAGGUGGUUUGGUAGGCUGUGUGAGCUGAAAAGGCAUAUCAGAACCCACACGGGUGAGCAACCCUACAGGUGUGAGAAAUGUAGUAUGCGGUUCACUGACCUGGGUAGUCUGAACACUCACAUGCGGACCCACACUGGUGAGAAACCAUAUAAAUGUGAGGAGUGCAGCAGGCGGUUCAGUCAGCUGAGUAAUCUCAAGACUCAUAUGCGGACUCACACUGGUGACAAGCCGUACCGGUGUGAUGAAUGCAGCAGGCAGUUCAUAACACUGAGUAAGCUGGAAACACACAUGCGGACUCACACUGGGGAGAAGCCGUACAAAUGUGAAGAGUGUAGCCGGCCAUUCAGUAACUUGUCAGAUCUAAAGAAACACAUACGGACUCACACUGGUGAAAAACCUUAUAAGUGUGAAGAGUGCAGCAAGCAGUUCAGUAGGCUGGGUCAUCUAAAGGAGCACAUGCGGACUCACACAGGUGAGAAACCGUACAGAUGUGAGGAGUGUAGCCGGUCGUUUACGACACUGUCACAAUUAAAGACACAUACGCGGACUCACACUGGUGACAAACCGUACAAUUGUGAGGAGUGUAGCAGACAGUUUACUCAGUUGUCUAAUCUGAAGUCACACAUGAGGACUCACAGUGGUGAGAAACCGUACUCUUGCGAAAAAUGCAACAAAAGAUUUCGAUAUUCACGUGAUCUGACAACCCACAUGAAAACUCACACCGAUGAAAGCCUGCCGAAGUCUUGCGGCGAGUGCGGCAUGGAGUUUCCUAACCGAAGUAAUCUGAUGCGACACAUGCGGACUCACACAGGUGAGAAACCGUAUCAAUGUGAGGAAUGUAACAAAAGCUUUAGCAUGCUGAGUAAUUUGAAGACACAUAUGCGGAUUCACACGGGUGAGAAACCGUACUUGUGUGAGAAAUGUGACAAAAGUUUCAGUCAGCUGAGUCAUCUGAAGCGACACGUGCGGACUCACACAGGUGAGAAACCUUACCGAUGUGAGGAAUGUGACAAAAGCUAUAGUGAGCUGAGUCAGCUGAAGAGACACAUGCGGACUCACACUGGUGAGAAGCCGUAUCAAUGUGAGGAAUGUAGCAGGUGCUUCAGAAUGCUUGCUCAUCUGAGGUCUCAUAUCAGGACCCACACCGGUGAGAAACCCUACACGUGUGAGGAGUGCAGCAGGCAGUUCAGCGACCUGGGUACUCUGAAGCGACACAUGCGGACUCACACAGGUGAGAAACCGUACAAGUGUGAGGAGUGUGGCAGACAGUUCAGUGUGCUGGAUAGUCUGAAGAAACACAUGCGGACUCACACUGGUGAGAAACCGUACAGAUGUGAGGAGUGCAGCAGGCAGUUCACCGCAAGCAGCAGUUUAAAGAGACACGUCGUGCGAACUCACAGAGUGGAGAAACCGUACAUGUGUUAAAAGGCAACAAAAGCUUUCGUAAGAGUGCCAACUGAAAACACUCCGGCGAAAGACUGUCAGUGUCUUUGUAACGGUUACUGAGUGGCGAUGCUUUAAAUGUCCUGACUGUUUGAUCUACAUGUAGUAGUGUACUCUCUACAUGACUCUACUGUGGAGUUAUAGCGCAAUAGAGGUGAUUUUAUAUAACGAUUGAUGGAUGCUUCGUAGCCUGUUGAUAGAGCUAGAAGUCAUGUGCAAAAUGUAAUACUGUAGUAUUUAGACAAUAGUUACAUGGCAGGACACCGUUCAUUUAACGUCAAUGUGUCACUGUCCGUCUGUUAUAGAACUUAGUUGACUACAUGUAGUUUUCUUGUUAUAGUAUCUGUAAAUAGUAUCUGUAGAUAUUUAGCGUUUGGUUACAGUUGGGGCAUGUUACUUAUUAAUGCAUGAAACUGUUUGUUUUACUGUAGUUCUGCAAGGUAGAGGUAGCUUAGAAUUAGAGAUUUGUCAACUUUUUGCAUCCCAGUGUCAACAAUAAAGCGCGUUAUGUGCCUUA